AUGCUUUUCAAAUCAUGCCUGUUGGCUGUUCUCCUUGUUGGACUCGCAGAGAGCCGCACCAUCACUGUUUACAAUAAGUGCCCAUUCACCAUCUGGCCUGGAAUCCUUGGCCCCGGAAACCCGGCUGGUGGUGGCUUCAGACUUGACGCUGGACAAGCAAGAAAUGUUGAUGUUGACGAUGCCUGGACCGCUGGAAGAAUAUGGGCUAGAACUGGAUGCGAUGGAAACUUCAACUGCGAGACCGGCUUCUGCUCUGUAAUGUCGCUUGCUGAGUUCACAUUGAAAGCUUGGGGAGGGCAAGACUUCUACGAUGUCUCGCUUGUCGACGGAUACAACAUCCCAGUUCUCAUUGACCCACAUGGUGGAAAUGGCUGCAAACGUGCUGGAGGCUGCAACCGCGAUAUCAAUACUGAAUGCCCAGCCGCCCUUGCUGUUAAGGGACGUGACGGAAGAACUGUCGCCUGCAAAUCCGGAUGCCUCGGAUACAACACCGACCAAGAAUGUUGUCGCGGAGCCUACGGAACUCCAGACAAGUGCCAUCGAAGUCCCACAGCCCAGAUGUUCAAGGAUGCCUGCCCAACUGCCUACUCGUAUGCUUACGACGAUGGAACGUCCACUUUCACCUGUCAAGCUACCGCUUCUUACACUGUGCAAUUCUGUUAA